GAGAAUAACGUCGGGUCGGGUCAGCGGGCGCUGCAGCAGACGCCGCAGCGGUGAUGGGAGCGGUGGGGACGAGGCGGCAGCGGCGGUGGCAGAAGGAGGAGCAGGACCGGAGCCCUCUGCCCGAAAUCCCUGCGUCCGCCAAGACCCAGUUUAAAUGGAAACCACCCUUGGGAACUGGAUGCCUGUGUAGCUGUUCUGUCACAUCAGUGAAUUGCAAUGAGUGGGGGAGGAGAGCAGCCGGAUAUCCUCAGUGUUGGAAUCCUGGUCAAAGAAAGAUGGAAAGUGUUGAGGAAGAUUGGGGGUGGGGGCUUUGGAGAAAUUUACGAUGCUUUGGACAUGCUCACCAGGGAAAAUGUUGCAUUGAAAGUGGAGUCAGCUCAACAACCAAAACAAGUCUUAAAAAUGGAGGUUGCUGUAUUGAAAAAAUUACAAGGGAAAGACCAUGUUUGUAGAUUUAUUGGCUGUGGGAGGAAUGAUCGAUUCAACUAUGUGGUCAUGCAAUUGCAGGGUCGUAAUCUGGCGGAUCUACGCCGCAGUCAGUCCCGGGGCACAUUCACUAUUAGCACUACUCUUCGACUGGGCAAACAGAUUCUAGAAUCUAUUGAAAGCAUUCAUUCUGUGGGAUUCUUACACCGAGACAUCAAACCGUCGAACUUUGCUAUGGGUCGCUUUCCUAGUACAUGUAGGAAAUGUUAUAUGCUUGAUUUUGGCUUGGCUCGACAAUUUACCAAUUCCUGUGGUGACGUCAGACCACCUCGAGCUGUGGCAGGUUUCCGAGGGACGGUUCGUUAUGCAUCAAUCAAUGCUCAUCGGAACAGGGAAAUGGGAAGACAUGAUGACCUCUGGUCCUUAUUCUACAUGUUGGUGGAAUUUGUAGUUGGUCAACUGCCUUGGAGAAAAAUAAAGGACAAGGAACAAGUAGGCUCUAUUAAAGAGAGAUAUGACCACAGGCUCAUGUUGAAACAUCUCCCUCCAGAAUUCAGCAUCUUUCUGGACCAUAUAUCAUCACUAGAUUAUUUUACAAAACCAGACUACCAGCUUCUUACAUCCGUGUUUGACAACAGCAUCAAGACCUUUGGUGUAAUUGAGAGUGACCCUUUUGACUGGGAGAAGACAGGAACUGAUGGCUCUCUAACAACCACUACCACUUCUACAACUCCUCAGUUACACACCCGCUUGACGCCUGCUGCAAUCGGAAUUGCCAAUGCCACUCCCAUUCCAGGAGACUUACUUCGAGAAAACACAGAUGAGGUGUUUCCAGAUGAGCAGCUUAGUGAUGGAGAGAAUGGCAGCCCUGUUGGUGUAUCACCAGAUAAAUUGCCUGGAUCUCUAGGACAUCCUCGUCCCCAGGAGAAGGAUGUCUGGGAAGAGAUGGACGCCAACAGGAAUAAGAUAAAGCUUGGGGUUUGUAAGGCUACUACAGAAGAGGAAAACAGCCAUGGUCAAGGAAAUGGUAUACUGAAUGCUCCAAGCCUGGGUUCACCCAUUAGGGUCCGCUCAGAGAUUACUCAGCCCGACAGAGAUGUUCCAUUGGUGCGAAAGUUACGUUCCAUCCAUAGCUUUGAGCUGGAAAAACGUCUGACACUGGAGCCAAAGCCAGACACUGACAAGUUUCUUGAGGCCUGCCUGGAGAAGAUACAGAAAGAUUCCAGUGCAGGAAAGGAAUCUACUCUCCCUGCUCUGCUUCAUAAGCCUUGUGUUCCUGCUGUAUCCCGUACUGACCACAUCUGGCAUUAUGAUGAAGAAUACCUUCCAGAUGCUUCUAAACCUGCUUCUGCCAAUACCCCGGAGCAGGUAGAUGGUGGUGGCAGUAAUGGAUUUAUAGCAGUCAACCUGAGCUCCUGCAAGCAGGAAAUCGAUUCCAAAGAAUGGGUGAUUGUGGAUAAGGAGCAAGACCUUCGAGAUUUUAGGACAAAUGAGGCUUUAGGGCAUAAAACUACUGGAAGCCCUUCUGAUGAGGAACCUGAAGUACUUCAAGUCCUGGAGGAAUCGCCUCAAGAUGAAAAGCUCAGAUUAGGUUCUUGGAUAGAAAAUGAUCAUUUAAAGAAGAAAAACUCAGGUGUACUCUUAGCACUUUCUGGAGAGUGCCCUGCCACUGCUGUUUCAGAACAAUAUACAGAUAGGUUGGAAUUCCAGGCUGGAACUAUGAGUCAGUUUAUUGCAGCAACAUCCACAAGUCCAAUGGAGGCACAAGCAGAAGGACCCCUUACAGCGAUUACAAUUCCUAGACCUUCUGUGGCAUCUACACAAUCAACUUCAGGGAGCUUUCACUAUGGCCAGCAUCCAGAAAAGAAAGAUAUUCAGCCGAUGGAGCCCACUGUGGAACUUUAUUCUCCAAGGGAGAAUUUCUCUGGAUUAGUUGUGACAGAGGGUGAGCCUGCUAGUGGAGGAAGCAGAACAGACUUGGGGCUUCAGUUAGAUCAUAUUGGUCAUGACACGUUACCCAAGGAAGUUCUUACUACAGAAUGUGAUAAAUCCCAAGACCUGGGACAAAGAAACCUCCUUUCUGACCAUAGCAGACUGGUUGUGAGAGAAUUUGAGAAUCUCCCUGGAGAAACUGAAGAAAAAUGUAUUCUUCUAGGGUCAGAUAAUGAAGAUGAGAAGUUAAGUAAAAGACAGUGUUGUAUUGAGAUAUCUCCUCUCCCAGGAGAUUUAAUAACUAUGGAAAAGGAUCACGCAGAUACUACUGGGCCUCUCGAUAUGACAAAGACACAGACUUUUAGUGUGGUGCCAAAUCAAGACAAAAAUCAAGAGAUAAUGAGGCUUCUGGCAAUUGGAACUUCAGAAAUUUCUCCAAGAGUCAUUGACUCACAUGUUGAAGUACAGAUAGGACAGGUGGCAGCAAUGCGAAAAAACAAGCUAUCUAAGGAUGAUGACAUCAAGAGUGAAGACUUGCCAGGUCAUCAAGGAGACCUCUCUAAUUUUUUGCACCAAGAGGGUAAAAGAGAAAAAAAUGUUCCUAAAAAUGGAGAACUGUUUCAUUGUGUUUCAGAGAAUGACCAUUGUCCCCCAUCCCGGAAGGAUGUGGCUAGGUCAUCCUUUGUAAUGAGACACAGCCGAAUUCCUGUUUUAGCACAAGAGAUAGAUUCAACUUUUGAAUCAUCUUCUCCAGUCUCUGCAAAAGAAAAGCUCCUCCAAAAAAAAGCUCAUCAACCAGAUCUAGUCAAACUUCUGGUGGAAAAAAGGCAACUCAAGUCUUUCCUUGGUGACCUCUCAAGUGCCUCUGAUAAAUUACUAGGGGAGAAACUAGCUACUGUUUCUACUUCCUUUUCUGAGGAAGAAGUCUUCACUCCUUUUUCAAGACUGGCAGUAGACUCUCACCUGAGCAGGUCAGCCGAAGACAGCUUUCUGACACCCAUCAUCUCCCAGUCCAGAAAGAGCAAAAUUCCAAGGCCAGUUUCAUGGGCCAAUACAGAUCAAGUCAGUAGCUCAACGUCAUCUCAGUUCUUACCUCGACCACCACCAGGAAAGCCACCAACUAGGCCUGGAGUAGAAGCCAGGCUACGCAGAUAUAAAGUCCUAGGGAGUAGCAAUUCCGACUCAGACCUUUUCUCCCGCCUGGCCCAAAUUCUUCAAAAUGGAUCUCAGAAACCCCGGAGCGCUACUCAGUGCAAGAGCCCAGGAUCCCCUCACAAUCCCAAAACACCACCCAAGAGUCCAGUUAUCCCUCGUCGAAGUCCCAGUGCCUCUCCUCGCAGCUCUUCCUUGCCUCGCACGUCUAGUUCCUCUCCAUCUAGGGCUGGGCGGCCCCACCAUGACCAGAGGAGUUCAUCCCCACAUCUGGGGAGAAGCAAGUCACCUCCAAGCCACUCAGGCUCUUCCUCCUCCAGGAGGUCCUGCCAACAGGAGCAUGGCAAACCCAGCAAGAAUGGCCUGAAAGGAUCUGGCAGCCUCCACCACCACUCGGCCAGCACUAAAACCCCGCCAGGGAAGAGUAAGUCAGCCAGUAAACUCAGCAGAUAGGAGCCGGGCUGCAUCCCUAGGAAAGGUGUGAGAUCUUCCUCCUAAACCUGAUGCAUGUUGUAUCCCUGUACUGUCUAUUUAAAAAAAAUCAGUGUUGAUCUUCAUUUGCAAAAAAAAAA